AUGAUAGUAUAUACAAUUGGAUGGCUUAUUUUAUCCUUGUUUUAUUAUGUAACCGCUCUUCAACUUGUAUUUUAUCCUGGUACACAACCUUAUCAUCAAACAGGUUCUCGUUUUAAUGAUACUGCUUGGGUAGUCACCACUCAAGAUCCAUCGGAAAGAUACCUUACAUAUGGGCCUUAUACAAAAGAUUGGAAUACUCUGGCACCUUCGCGUGUUGAUUUUUAUCUAGGAGUAGAUAAUAACAUUGCUGAUCCAUUGGACUUAUUAACUGUUGAAGUAAAUGAUGCAGAUAUGAAUUAUAUAUUAACAAGUAGAAAUAUUUCACGACUUGAUUUUGGUUAUAAUAAAAUACAACCACAAAUAUUUUCCCUCUACUUUUUGAGUACUAUUGGACAUAGAUUAGAAUUUCGUGUCUUUUAUCAUUGUUGCAGUGUGAUCGUUCAUUAUAAAACAAUUGUGAAUGAAUUAGAUGAUGAAAAAUUAGCCGAUAUUUUCGCAGGACAAGCAGGAUUAGAAUAA